UAUUAUGUGUUCUUAUGAAUCCGCUUUAUUAAAGUGUGUUAAGCAUCGUCAUCGCAUUUUUGUUUACUUUUUUAUGUUUUGAUGAGCGUCAUUUCACCGCUGAGAAUUCCUGCAAUAGGAAUUUGUUCCUUUAUUUCUAUAGAUGUGGAUUUUCGGUUAUGGAUCUUUAAUGUGGAAAAUUAAUUUUCCGUAUGAACAGAAAAUAAUUGGUUAUAUUAAAGGUUUUAAACGCCGAUUUUGGCAAGGAAGUGAAGAUCAUCGUGGAAUUCCUGGUUCACCUGGAAGAGUUGUUACUAUUGUACCGUCAUCAAAUCCAGAGGACCAGGUUUAUGGAGUUGCUUAUAAAAUAGCCGAGGAUGAUAUUUUAGAUGUCAUUAAAUACUUGGACUUCAGAGAGAAGGAUGGUUAUCAGCAGCAAACAGUAUUAUUCCAUCCAUAUAAUGAGGAAUUAAAGCCAUUUGAAAUUACAAUAUAUAUUGGAGAUACAAGCAACCCUUUUUAUUUAGGUCCAGCUCCACUGGAUAUAAUUGCAAAGCAAAUACUUCACUCAGAGGGACCAAGUGGGAGAAAUGAUGAUUAUUUAUUUCAGCUAGCUGAAGCUAUGAGAAAUUUAGUACCUCACAUAUAUGAUGCACAUCUAUAUGAAUUAGAAAAAUUAGUAAAAAGUAUGAAAGUUGAAAUACACUUGAAAUAAAAGAGUUUUGUUAAUAAAUUUUAUUUUUUCAAGUUCCA